UGGUGGGUGCGACCAGUAGUCAUCACCAAUAUGGCCAGUCCCACAGUCUAUGAAGUGGAAUUAAAGUGGGCACCAGACCACCUUGCCAAAGAGUAUAUAAACCGCAAGGGAUACUUCUCAGUGGUGUUGCAAGCACUAGUGGAUCAUCGACAUCAACGUGGGAUGGUCGGGAAAGGUACAUGAUGCUUGCAUCUUUAGGAACUCUGGUCUCUUCAGAAAGCUGCAAGAAGGAACUUUCUUCCCAUACUGGAAAAUUACCGUUGGUGACAUUGAAAUGCCAAUAGUUAUCCUUGGAGACCCAGCCUACCCCUUGCUCCCACCGCUCAUGAAGCGGUACACAGGCAGCCUGGACAGCAGUAAGGAGCAGUUCAACCAUAGGCUUAGCAAGUGCAGAAUAGUAGUAGAAUGUGCCUUUGGAUAUCUAAAGGGGCGCUGGCGCAGUUUACUCGCUAGGUUAGACGAAAAUAAUAUUCCCAUUGUUGUUGCUUCUCACUGUGUGCUCCAUAAUAUCUGUGAAGGUACAGGUUCUUGGUCUUGUUAUCAGGGUAUAUCACCUGAGGAAGCAGCUACUGUGUCCCACCCUCCCUCACAAGUGUGGUGUAGGAAAGAGGAGGAGAGACAAAAGUUAUGUUUGAAACAGGUUCUUGGUCUUGUUAUCAGGGUCUGUCACCUGAGGAAGCAGCUACUGUGUCCCACUGUCCCUCACAAGUAUGGUGUAGGAAAGAGGAGGAGAGACAAAAGUUGCUUUUGAAACAGCAGUUACAUCUUCCCAUAUAUGGCUACUGUUAUACCUCGCAUGCCAGACAGACAAGCGGCUGCACAGUUUGUUAUUGAGAUAACAGCCCUGAGGACAGGAGAGAGAAUGAUGAGCCACCUUCCAAACAGAUUUGAACUGGUGUGAGAUAAUGGUACAAACGUAUUUUAGAAACUGGUCUAAACUAGCCCAUAAGAAAGAGUGGUAGGUGUGGAUUCAAAAAAAGACCGUCACAUGCUAAGGAGAAAGGGAGCUGGACUAACGAGAAACUGUGGCUGCAACUGCCUGCGAAACAAAUACCAUGAGGAUUCAUUAUGAGGCAGCUUUGCCCAAAGAAGAGGGUCAGAGACAGAACUUUGCAGCCAUGCUAUUCAGUCAUGAAGAUGCAAAUAGUUGUUUAAUAUUCAACUGCUGCUUCCAGUGAAGUUUUAGGGAGAAGUGCUAACACUGCCCCUUUGCUCCAUCUUCAGCCGAGGAUGGUUGAGGGGAACUCGUGGGCUUGGGUCGUGCUCAUGCUCCACGUGGCACCAACGGCACUGCAAGACGCCUACUGCACAUGCGUGACCCACAUGGACACUGCUACCAUAAAUCUCCAAUCGAUGGCACUGGGACGCACUGCCACCUGAAGUGGAGCACCCACAGGGACACUACUCGAAGAAGAACCAAGGAUUUCUGAGCCAUCAUAUCCUUAUCAGAUAAAACAUCUCCUCUCCAUCCAUGAGGAUGAUUCAAAAAAUGUUGUGGUGGAACCCAUUAGGGUCAUGAAGACCAGGAUAGCCAGUCUCUCCAAUAGCUAGGAUCUGGAAACACAUCCAUAGGACGAGGAGCAAAGGAGUGAGGGAACCCAGGAUGAAGAGGUAAAGAUGCAGACCUCAGAACCCACAAUUCCAGUCUCUUCCUCAUCACCAUCUUCCUCUCACUCAGCUCCAAGGAAUGUUCAGACUCAUAUCAACCACUAGUGUAAAAGUCCUCUUUGGAUCUAAGGAUGGUCCCAGUACAGGAGCAGAGACCUGGGAAGCAUCAGAUCCAGAAAAAUACUCAGCUCUUCAAAGUUAAAUGGAGUCAGAAUGGAGCCUAACAUCCUGGAAUGUUUUGGCAGCUUAGUCCUGGAGGAAGCCACAGGAGCCAAAUCCAGUAUCUUAGGCUUUGGAUCUGAUAUCCAUCCGGAACCAGAGGGUUUAGCAGAUAGAGCUUCCUAAAGAAGUCUAUUCUUCCUCUCUUUGCAUGCUCUGAGUGUCCAGCAAAUGGGACACCCAGAAAUUGAAUGACCUUCCCCCAGGCACUUCAGGCACCUAACAGUUGUCUGAAGCCAGGAAGACAGUUGGGCACGAAGCACAUAUCUUAAAUCCCAGCUUUUUCUUCGGUUCCACCAUCCUACCAACUAUACUAAACUAUCUACACUUAUCAGUAUGCUUAAACUAUACUACAUGCUAAGAACUACAACAACUGAAACUAAGAAAGGGACUGUCAAUGGAAAACAAAACCUGGAUCCAAAGGGACUGGAGUGGUUCACUUCCAUAUGUUGCAGCAGUUGGAAGCUAUAUAUAUACACCUUUUUGAUGCCACCGAAUAGAAGUGCCUGGAAAUAGGGGGAAAUCUCACUGAUUCCAAAAAGGCCAUGAACAGCUGUAGGCUCUCAGUGACCUACUGGCCAACCACUCGACGGUACUUCUUUGACAGGAUCCAUGGAAGGGUGGAAACACCUAGAGGAGGUGUAGUGAGAGUUGCUCCAACAAUGGUAAAUGUACGACCCAAUCUCUGAUAUGGAAGAAGCUGACUUUCCUUCUGCUGACCACAGAGGCGCAGUUCUAGAAGGUUCUGGAGAUCAGAGCCAAAGUCGAGAGGCCUUCAGAGAAGCAAGCAUCAUGGGUUAUCCCUUUGAUGGUACUGAAGGGCAUGCCUACAUGAGGCUGGCAAGAUACCCAGCACUGCAGCAAUUCUGCUGGUUCUCUUGUGUCUGCCAGCGCCGAUAGUGUCAACUCUUGUACUGCCAACGGCCAACUCUUGUACCGGCACUGACAGAGUCAGGGUGUCCCUGGCAGCUGCAAACGCCUCCAGUGGGGUUGGUACUGAGAUAGUGUCAGUAUUGUGUAGUGCUGUGGACGUGGAAGGAGCCACUUCUGGCUCUAGACUUGACAGAACCUGCCUAGGCACAGGAUUCAAUGUUGCCAUCUUCUGUGGUACCGAAUAGACUGCACUGUACUCUUAACACCAUGCAUAGCAAACUUUGGAGCCAGGGAUCUCCUGCUUUGAUCAGACUGCUUCUUGUGCCUCUUGUUAGGCCCUGGGGAUGGUGAAUGCUGGCACUCAGGCAUGGCAGGAGGCACACUCCUUACCAACGCUGAGGCACUCAGCGCCAAGUCUGACUGACCUGGCUCAGAUGGAGGUCUCAAGCUGCCUCCACAAGUAGAAAUUUUAGGCUGGCUUCUACUCACAAUCUUUCUUUGUGUGAGACUUAAAAAUCACUGCAAAUUUGGCAACACUCCUCUGUAUGAGCUUCCCCAAGGCACUUCAAGCAACCUGAGUGUGGGUUGCUUAUGGGCAUAGCAUUACUGCAGGAAACAUAGGGACCUGAAGCCGGGUGACUGAGGCAUCCCUUGGCACCAGGAAUCAAUCAAAACCCUAAAAAGCUAACUAACUCAAUAAACACUGAACUAUUUACAAUAAACUACAAGAGAAUACAGUCCACUGAGAGCACCUGCAAAAGCAAGAGCAGGAGCUUCAGCAAGUCUCACAGGCAGUGAGGCCUUGUCUACAUUACGGGGGGAGAUCGAUCUAAGUUAUAGCUGAAGUCAAUGUACUUAGAUCUACUUACCGUGGGGUCCACAUUAUGCUGUGUCAACGGGAGACUCUCUCCCGUCGACACCCCUUGCGCUUCUUGUUGAGAUGAGUACAGGAAUCGAUGGGAGAGCGAUCUGCGGUCAAUUUAGUGGGUCUUCACUAGACCCGCUAAAUCGACCGUUGAUACAUCAGUCGCCACGUGUCGAUCCCCUGGUGAAUGUAGACAAGCCCUAAGAAGGCACUGAGGGGGCUCGGGGUCGGAUGGGCCUAUAUAUUGAUGCAAGUGGCACACAGCAGCAGAUAGCACUUGAGCUGCCCUGAUGGGUACCACUGAGGGAAAAAUUUCCAGCGACUGUACUCAGAGCACAUCCACAUGCAAGAAUGGAAUGCACAUGUGCAAUCACUCAAACAGGAAAACAGUAUAACAUGUAUGCAACACUCAAAUUCAGGGCUGGCCUUACCAUGAGGCGAACUGAGGCGGUGCCAGACUUGGGGGGGAGGUGCCAGACUUGGGUGCCACUAGGACCCAGAGUGUAGAAAAUUGUCUCUGCUGCUGGUGCCUAUGUAUUCUCUCUGCUCUAGAUGCACAGAGAUGUUGGAGUGCUGUGCUGGAGGAAGGAGGGCACAAGAGACAUAACAGGCACUCAGGAGAAAAGGUGAGAGGGAAUAACAGAAAGCAGCAGGAGCUGCAGGGAGAGAGAGGAGGAGGAGCCUCUUAUAUAUCUUUCUAGCACCCCCAGGAGCCUGGACUGAUUGACACCAGCUUCUCAGGGAGCUUCCUGUUUCCUGUUGCUUCCCUGAACCCACUUGAGGAGAACAGGCAGUCAACUGAAGUAGUAGGAGCCAGUUAGGCCCUUAAGACGCUGAUAUCUUCCCUCACUCAGGCCCUGCUACCAGCCUGCUUAUUUGUCCUCUUCAACUGAGUGUUGAGAGCCACUAUAGCUGGCACAGAACAGCAGUCAUGAGAGAAGAAGAAAAUGCCCCUCUGGGGCAGCAUUCAGAAAAAGAAAAAAAGCAAAGGAAACUUUUCUAUCUAAGCAGGAAGGAGCUCUCCUGAGAUACAUAGACACAAAUGUUCACAGUGAGUCUUCCCACCCCAGUGAGGAUGUGAGGGUGAGGAGAUGCCUGAUCUUCCAGUUAGUCAGAGUGCAGGUGACCUGGCAGCUUCUGCAGCAUCCAUAUCUCCAUCUCAAAUGGAUGUAACCAUGCACAUUCCUGAACAAAAGUGUAGAUCAGAGAAACUUGUGGUGGAGGCACAAGAAACAGCUGCUGCUGAGUUUAGUUCUUUAAGUCUAGAUGAUCCAGGACUGUGGACCCACUUGAGCAGUAGCCUGAGGGACUUCCUUGUACUGCAUGGGCCACAGCAAGUGGAAAACUUCAUGUUCCCCAAAGACCAUGAAAAUAGAAGUUUUCAUCCAACACAUUACUGGCGUGAAAUCCCCAAUGGUGACAAAAUGGAGAGGCCAUGGCUUAUGUACUCAAAAACCCAGAAUGCUCCAUACUGUUUUUGUUGCAAACUCUUCCAGCCACAUCGGGUUCUACCGGAACAAAGGACUGGAAAAAUCUGGCUAGAAAUCUGGCAUGAGAAGGCAGCAAAUCACCAGAGAGCAUUCCAGAGGUGGAAAGAGCUUGAAAUGAGACUAAGGUUAAAGGCCACCGUAGAUGACCAGCAUCAAGAGAAGAUUACAUCAGAGUCUUCUUACUGGCAAAAUGUUCUGAAAAGGAUCAUUGUCAUUGUGAGAAUGCUUGCUACCCAAAACCUAGCACUGUGGGGCACUUCAGAUCAGCUGUAUAUACUGAACAAUGGAAACUUCCUUAAAAUUGUGGAGUUGAUGGCUGAGUUUGAUGCUGUACUCCAGGAGCAUCUAAGAAGAGUCACCACCCAAGAAAUUUACACACACCACUACCUUGGAAAAACAAUUCAAAAUGAGAUCAUACAGUUACUGGCAACAAAAGUCAAACAGAAGAUUGUGGCAGAUCUGAAGUCAGCAAGAUAUUACUUUGUUAUUCUGGACUGCACACCUGACAUCAGCCAUACGGAACAAAUGACUUUAAUGGUGCGUUCUGUAACAACAACGGAACGUAGUGAAAAUGUCCCUGCAAUGGUGACUGUCAGAGAGCAUUUUCUAGAAUUUAUUGACAUUGAUGAUACUACAGGAGCUGGUAUGACAAAUGUGCUUCUUAAAAAGCUGGAAGAUACGGGAAUUGCGAUAGCUGACAUGAGAGGUCAGGGCUACGAUAAUGGUGCCAAGAUGAGAGGAAAGAUCAGAGGAGUGCAGCCACGGAUCUGAGAGUUAAACCCGCGAGCUUUUUUUGGUCCAUGCAGUUUUCAUUCAUUGAACUUGGUGGUCAGUGAUGCAUCAUCAGCUUCUAGUAAGGCUGCUGAAUUUUUAAAUGUAAUUCAAAGCAUCUAUGUAUUUUUCUCUGCAUCAACUCAUUGAUGGCAAAUUUUGAAACAACUUCUGGGAACAUCCUCUCUGACACUGAAAACACUGAGUGCCACACGAUGGGAAAGUCGAGUGGAGGCGAUAAAGCCUAUCAAACACCAAAUUGGAAAGAUAGAUGAUGCCAUAAUAGCCAUUAUGGAGGAUCAUGCUAUGACAGGAACUGUUGUGGGAGAACAGUGGCAGAGGGAAAUGGAAUUACCAAAAACAUACAUAACUUCAAAUUUCUGUGUGGCUUAGUGUUGUGGCAUGACAUACUGUUUGAAAUAAAUGUUGUAAGCAAGAGACUCCAAGGUGUUGACCCUGAAAUAUCUGGAGCAAUGAAACACCUGGACAAAGCAAAGUCAUACCUACAGUCUUACCAGUCAGAUGAGGGAUUUCAAAACGUUCUGAAGAGUGCAGAGAAGUUGGCAGAGGAACUUCACACUGAAGCUAUAUUCCCACCCAUUCAAGAAUACAAGAAUCACCAAAGAAGACAACAUUUUGAUUACGAGGCACGGGAUAAUUCCAUAAGAGACCCCAAACAACAAUUCAAAGUUGAAUUCUUUAACCAGGUGCUAGAUUGUGCAAUACAGUCAGUUGAAGAAUGUUUCAUGUAGCUCAAGGAACACAGCAGUAUAUUUGGGACGUUGUAUGAUAUUCCAAAACUCCUCACUAUACCCGAAGAAGACCUACACCAGCAAUGCAUUGCACUAGAGACAGUGUUGACACAUAAUGAGAUGCGUGAUAUUGAUGCGAGUGGUUUAGGUGAUGAACUGAAAGCCUUUUCAUGAUACAUUUCAGCAGGAUCAACUCCAAAGGCUGUUCUGGAAUAUAUGUGCACAAAUAAGAUGACCACCCUCUUUCCAAAUGCUUUUGUUGCUCUGGGCAUACUCCUAAUACUUCUUGUAACAGUUGCCAGUGGAGAACGCAGCUUCUCCAAGCUGAAGUUAAUAAAAACACAUCUACGCUCCACAAUGACACAGGAGAGGCUGGUCGGCCUUGCACCAUCUCAAUAGAGCAUGAGCUGGCCCAGACUGUGGACGUUCAGCAGUUCAAAUCUUUGCAACCAAGAAGGCACGGAAAGCUCCACUUUGAUUAUUCAAACAGAUAAAAAUGCCAGUGUUUACUAUGCAGACAAGAAAAGUUACAUUUCCUGUUCAGGCAUUUGAAAGUUAAGUGUUACUUCAAAUUUUUGAACGAGGCAUUUUAAGUUGUUAGUUCUUUUUUAUUGGGGAGGUAGCAGAGCAGUACCAUGAGAGUAGAAGAACAGGAAGAAGGCAGAAUUGAGACCUUUCAAAGUUUUGGCCCAAGCGAGGUGGCAUGGGGGCAUCAUUUGAGCUCCCCGCCCCAGGUGCCAAAAUGUUGUGGGCUGGCCCUGCUCAAAUUACAUUGAAUUGCUCCUUUGCUUAAAGGCCUUAUCUAUCUACAGCAUGAGCAAGAUCUGGCAGCAGCUCAGAAAGCUUCUGUCGUAGUGAAGCGGCCUCCAACAAGCUGAGGCUACCUUGAAAAUGCAGCAAGUUAAGCAGCUGCAGAUUGUGAAAACUCUUGGAAGCUAUUUAAUACAAGAUCUAUUCAUAGAUUUAAUUAUGAAAAUCAGAGGUUUCUGUCAUGUGUAUAUACAUGAGUAACAGAUUGUAAUGUAAAAGUAUGAAUCCUUCUGGGCUUUAGAAAAGAGCAGUGUGGCUGAAUAAAUUCACUACAUCAUAGUAAAGAAGUGAAGGUAACAAAAUAUUACAUGGAAUUAUUUGUGUUGCAGCAGCACCUAAAGAUUCCCCUCAGGAUUAGGGCCCCAUUGGGAUAGGUGCUGUCCAUAUAUGCAGGAAGCCACAUCACACAGUCCAACUACACAAAAGACAGCCUAUGGCUGGAGGAAAGGGAUAAGAAUAUAUAAGCAAAGCGAUUGGGGGGGAUGAUAGGUAUGUGUUUUCGUUUGUCUUUGUUAAAAAACAACCGAACGUAGGCCAACCACUGCUGGUGUUUGAAGCACAGUAUCUUCUAAUGCUGCUCAAUGCAGAGCUUGCCGCCAAACCAGCUUAUGCUAAAAUGUUUAAGAAAUAUAAGAAAGGAUGAACUUAACUAGAAUUUCUAUGUGUGAUGGUUCUGCUAAGCAGCAGACAACAACUCCCAUCAGCCCCCUCCCCACUGCACAUCCCCUUCAUACAGACCAACAUUUUCAAAUUAAUUUCAAAGAGCAUCCUGCUCCCCACCCCACCAACACGCCCACUGUUGGCCCCACCUCCCUCCAGCCCCAUCAACACUGCCACGCCCUUGCUUCCCCCACUAAUGCCCCCAUUCAGUCUCAACCUCCACCCCUACCCAGUGCCUUACAUACCAUAGAACACACAGUGAGGUGAGCAGAGUUGUCGUCCCCUCCCGCCGUGCAGGGCCCCGUCCCAGCAGGGCUAUACACUUGGCUAUAGGCAGUAUUUGGGGAGGGAGGCAGGCAGGGCUGCUGUUACACCUGGGGAAGCAGAGACAAUUGCUCUCAGGAGAAUGCAUGUAGCAGAAAAGAACCAACCCUGCCCCCUCUAUGCUGCAGCAAGUCCCAGGAGAGGAAGGGGCAUUAUCUCCUCUCCAAUCACCCUCCCACUGCACCCAAAGAUUUUGGGAGAAAAUGGCAUGAACCCUUUGCCUGAUCCCCAAGACCCCAUACUACACUGAGUUCUAGGGUGAGUGGGGCUGUUCUCCCCGCCCUGAACAUCCGUUCCUCCCCUGCUGCAGCCAAGGCCUGGACAAGAAUAGGGCAUGACUCCCCCCAAGCUUCCCCGCACCUGCCCCUCCCCACCCCCUUCCACCUCAUGCUGUGCACCACCAUUGCGGCUCCAAGCUUCAAAUCUGCCCUCCUCCACCUGCCAUUGGCCACUGAGCCCAGACAACUAUGCCCCUUCUGCACUGGAAGAAUCAGCAAAAACAGAGCAGAGAUCAACUACAUUACCCAGAAUCUUGUACUUCAGCCACACCAGUCUCUCUCCUGAUUCAAAGAGAGGGAAGGGGGCUGAUGCACUUGUGUGACUGACAUACAAUUCUGGGUAAUUUCGUUUUUAUGCAGGAGAUAACAUUAUUAAAUCAGGAGCUGGGAAUUUUCUGGUUGCAAAUGGGAGUCUCCUUAACAUACUGGGAGACUUGGUCAGUCUGAUCCCACUUGUGUAGGCCAAAACACGAAUGGGAAGAAAUUGUCUCAAGUAAAAUUGUACUCCAUUUUGCUAGUUUUGAAUUAGUAAGAAGAAAUUGUUCUGAGUUUAUUUUUUUCUGGUUGUGUUUACAUGUGUUCUUAGAAGAAGUUUUAUGGCUGUAAUUGCCUUAUUUACUAUUUGGUGUGAGUGCAGACUGUAUGGUAAUUAACUGAGAAAGGACAACUGGGCCAGGUGGUCAAGAAGGGAGUGGAGGAGUCAAGAGGCACCAACUUAAUUAUCAAUCACCCAAAUGGCAGAUUGACGACCCUAAAGCAAAGGCAUAUGCCCCAAGGACGAGAUAAAGGAGUUGAGCCAAAGAGACGAGAUAAGAAACAGCUGCGGAUCCUCCCGGUAACAACUCAAAAUAAUGCUAAGUAAGAGGAACCUUGAAUACCUCGUGAUUGACAGCUCCGGUGUGAUACAGCAAGGUCACAUGUAUGGGAACUUAUCACUAUAAAAGAAGGGUGUAUUGCCAUGGGCCUUUGUGUGUGAGAGUGAGUGAGUGAGUGUGAGUGUGUGACAGAGAAUGGAAGCAUAUGCUGAUUUUAAUGCUUAAAUUGUACUCUCAAUAAACAUGGCUUCCUGUCUUAUCCCCUUUAAAAAGAUUCCAUUUGCUUCUUAUAAGCAUAACACUUGCUCCUGGCCAGGUAGGAGCAAGGAUGAGGGCCCAGGAAAUUACCAGGAACUUUUGGACAAGAGACUACAUUUCCCAUCAGCCCCCUCCUCACUAUGCUUCCUUUUCCCCUGGCCAAGAAGGAGUAAGGACCUUGACUGGGAAGUGACUGGGUGCUUUUGGGAAGCAGCAGCUGUGUGGCUGGGUAGCUCAAGACAAGCUGAAAGCUGCUGCAGAGGAAUCCCCAGGAACCGUAUGCAGAGCUGCAUGUGGAACAGGCUGUGACUGCUGGACAUUACAGCUAGGUGCAGGUCACUGCAGGAUUUAUGGGGGAGCAGUUGUGACUGGGCAGGGAGCCAAUGCUGAGGGAUCUCUUUGAGAGAGAGACACCACUAAAGCCUGGUCUACAGUAGAAAAUUAGGUCCUCAUAACUACAUUGCUCAGGGAUGUGAAGAAUCCACACCCUUGUGCAGCAUAGGUAACCCAACAUAAUGCUCUGUCUGGACAGCACCAGGUCAAUGGAAGAAUUCUGCUGCCAACCAGAAUCCCUCCUGUCGACAUAGGUAACGUGUACACUGGAGUGCCACAUUCCCCUGUAGCAUUUUAAGUAUAGACAAUGUUAGCCUGGCCUGGAAACUGGCAAGCUCCUAUUUGCCUGAAAUAGAGACUUGACUGGCGAAGCAGCCUAGGCAGUAGGUCUGAUGAGUCCUAAUUUUCAGUUGAACUGCCUCAGAAACUCAUAGACCCACUGCUGCUCACUUUGAACUGUAACUGUUUAAGCCUCUGUACCGUGGGUAUCUGCAACCUUUUCCUGACAAUGCUACUAAUAUACUGUUUCCCUUAAGACUUUGUCUGAGUGGUUAUUGGGACCCACCAGCACUAGUGCUUAUAAGGCCUAGCUACUGAAGGACCUACAGUACUUGCCUGAGUCACAGUACACCUGGCAAGCUAUUGGCAUCUUUGAGGUUUGGUUUAUUCCAGCACUGAACAGCUAGAAUAAUGACAUAUGUUUAAUCAGCAAAAAGUACCACUGAUUCUGGCAAGAAGAAAAGUUACUAAGCCAAUUAAAAGUAGCUUCCUUUUUCUCAUUUUGUCUUAAAAAAUAAAAAUCACAAAAUCCAAGUAGCAUGGGGGCGGGGGCGUCAUGCCUCUACUCUUGAUUAUGCAGAGGGAAAUUCAGAUACUCUUAGAAGUAGAUUACAAAUUAGAUCUGAAACCAAGAACAUCUGGUUUCAAGCUCUUUGCUUUGGGUAGUCAUCUGCAACUAAGAGAACUAGAGGAAUAAGAAGCCACUUAUCCCAGAAAAGAGCAUUCCAGUCUGUCUUCAUUCACCUACUUGCUUUUUCCAGCAUGUAAUCCUCUCCUUUCAAAAGGCAAUCUAAGGUCACAUGCUCUCUCACACAUGGGUAUUCUUUGCUUCAAUCACCUUUUGAUAACGUGUCGUAUUUUAAACGUUUGCAUGAAGCAGUCCUACCAGACCACCUCCUCCCCCCACCACCUUCUGCUUUCCUAAUUUGUUCUAUUUUGGAACUCCUUAUUAGAGUGAAAAGAGGUAUCACAUUUUUAUCUUCCAAUCCCUUUUAUAAAAAAGGAAACUGCUAGGCCACCCCAAAAUUUCCCCUCUUAACAGCAAGCCAUUCUCUUUUCCUAUACGAGUUUAUAUGUUUAUAUGUUCAGAUAUUGCCUGUCUAUUGCUCUCUGUUACAUCUUCUCAUAAAGCAAUAAUGACCAAGGUAAUGUAUCUGGACAUUGAACGGUUGAUUAUUCAUUAUUUACCACCUUGUUUUGCAGUGUUAAAUAUGCACAUGUAUUUAUCUGUGUAAUAUGACAUCCUAGAGCAUAUUAAUAAAAUAAGAUAGUUUUGCGUGCUUGCACAGGAUGCAUAAAUAUGGUAAAAGGAACAGGACUUAUCUGAUCAUACAAUUUUCAUUUGCCAAAUACAAAACCCAUAUAAAAAGGUGAUGGGCAUAC